AUGUCCACCCAUGCCCACACAGCAUCCUCCGGAUCUGCAGACUUGCCUACAACCGAGGCCCGUUCGUCUAAGACCUCUUCUCUCUGGUCUCAACCAGUCAUCAACCCUGUCAAUGGCAAGAGCAGGACACUGCCCAUACUAAAUUUGUGGAGCCCUUACGGUCGUAGCUUUCACCUCGCAUGGGUGGGGUUCUUUGUGGCAUUUCUGUCGUGGUUCGCCUUCUCGCCGUUGACACCAGUAGCUAUAAAGAGCGAUUUGGCUCUGACGACCGAACAAAUCGGAACUUCCAACAUCAUCGCGCUCUUGGCUACCUUAAUCGUCCGCUUUAUCGUAGGACCCGCUUGCGACAGCUGGGGUCCCCGCAAAUGUAUGGCUGCGAUCUUGAUCGUUGGCGCCAUUCCAUCUGGUCUCGCUGGAACUAUAAGCACUGCGGGUGGUCUUUACGCCGUCCGGUUCUUCAUCGGUAUCCUCGGAGCAACGUUCGUUCCCUGCCAGGCCUGGACUUCUGUAUUCUUUGACAAGAAAAUUGUCGGCACUGCCAAUGCUCUUGUAGCAGGUUGGGGCAAUAUGGGUGGUGGCGUAACGUUCGUCGUUCAAACCUCGCUUUUUGACCGCCUGCGCGCAGACGGUAUGUCUGUACACACGGCCUGGCGUGCGGCAUUCGCUAUCGUCCCCGUCCCCAUCCUACUGUCCGUUGCCGUUCUGACCUUGAUAUUUGGUACCGACUGCCCUGCUGGCCCAUGGAGCGACCGACAUACUCUUAUCAGACCACCACUGAGUAGGAAUGAAGAGAGCGGGCACUUUGUCUCGACCGAGAAGCAUAAAGACGAAGAAAAAGGUGCGAAGGCGGUGGACGUGCAGCCGAUCGAAAAAGAAGCCGAUGAUAUCAACGCGCCAAUAGACAUAGCCGUCCCUGAGCGUCUGACCCUCAAGGUAGCAUGCAAGAUCUUCGCGAUGCCACAUACUUGGCUUUGUGCACUGAUGUAUCUGACCACAUUUGGGUUUGAGCUCUGUGUCGAUGCCAACCUUGCAACUGUGUUGUAUAACACGCAGCAAAACCCGUCUGGCUUUGGACAGACCAAGGCUGGGUACUACGCUUCUAUUUUUGGUUUCCUAAACCUUGUCACCCGUCCCCUAGGUGGCUACUGCGGCGACCUCGUCUACCGCAGCAGAGGCGUCAAGGCCAAACAAUAUCUUACAGCCGCACUAGGCUUCCUUCAGGGCGUCUGCACGCUUGCAUAUGGUCUCUGGAUGCAGCACGAAUAUAACAAUGACAGAAUACCGUCACUUGGUGUGCAGAUAGCGUUGGUCGUGCUGAUGGCGUUAUUCUGCGAGAUGGCCAACGGAGCGAAUUUCUCCCUGGUGCCGCAUGUUAAUGCGUCGUAUAUUGGUGUUAUGUCGGGGUUUGUUGGCGGGAUGGGAAAUCUGGGUGGAAUAUUUUUCGCGCUCAUAUUUCGCUUCCAUGCCGCCAACGGCUAUGCUAAGGCCUGGUGGAUCUCUGGCGUGCGUACACGGUUUCUAUUAUCUCAAUACGUACUAGAAGUUGUCUCGAGACUGAUUUGUCCUUGUGCUAAUCUCCGUCGCACGUUAUAG